GAUUGCAUGAUAUAACAUUUAUUUAUUUUUUUUUUUUUAUUGUUAUAUCAUGAGUGAUUGAAUAUUUAAGCGAUUAGGUACAAAAUCUAUCUAUUCUGAUUCAGUGUUAUCUAGAAAAUUUAAAGAAGAAUUUGAGUGUACCUAACCAUAAUAAAAAUGGAUAGACUGAAAACAAUCACGAAUAACUUAGAAAUUGAAAGCCCGGAAAAACCGAAAAACCUAGAAAUUGAAAGGCCGAAAAAACCGAAAAACCUAGAAAUUGAAAGCCCGGAAAAACAGAAAAACCUAGAAAUUGAAAGCCCGGAAAAACCGAAAAACCUAGAAGUUGAAAGCCCGGAAAAACCGAAAAACCUAGAAGUUGAAAGUCCGGAAAAACCGACAAACCAGGUGGACCCUAAUGAUAGCGAAUGUGAUUGCGACCAGGAAGGCUGCAUGGGCUGUUUUUGGCCAUGUGAUUCAUGCCUAUCUAAUAAAUGUGGACACGAAUGCCGUGUCAAUCGCAAGUGGAAACGUUAUGAUGCGUGGAUAAGACAAGGAAGAAGUAAUGACUAAGUAAUGACUUAAUUAUUUGUAUUUUAAUUAUAUUGUAAACAUUGGAAAUAUAACUA